AAAACGGCUCCGUCUACUACAAACGCGGCGGUGCAGGUGCUCUGUCUCUUCGGGAGAGGAUGCGGAUGGAAGGACGGGGGAGGGAAGGGAUGAAGGGAAACGCCACGAGGAAAGAAAAUAGGAUAUGAAAAGGGGCUUUUGUUAAGAGACCGUGAGGUGCAAGGUCGAAUAUGAGAGAUUGGUUGAACGGGGCACUUUGCGUGGUAAUAGCUGGUCGGCAAUAGUACUAUGAUUUGGUAUGUGGCCACUCUGAUAGCAAGUGUAUUCAGCACCAGAGGAACGGCCGCUCAAGGUGCCCACGGAGUGAGAGAGGAGCCCCGGUUUGUGACGGCGCGCGCCGGAGAGAGCGUGAUCCUGGGGUGUGACGUGUCCCCUCCCCUGGACGGCCAGCAGCCCCCCUAUGUGGUGGAGUGGUUCAAGUUUGGAGUGCCUAUCCCUUUCUUCAUCAACUUCCGCUUCUACCCUCCUCAUGUGGAUCCAGAGUACACUGGUAGAGCCUCUCUGCACGGGAAGGCCUCCCUACAGAUUGAUCCAGUGCGCUCCGAGGACCAGGGCUGGUACGAGUGCAGGGUCCUGAUGCUGGAGCAACAGUACGACACCUUCCACAACGGCAGCUGGGUGCACCUCACAGUCAACGCCCCCCCUACAUUUACAGCGACGCCGCCGCAGUAUGUGGAGGCGAAGGAAGGGGGAAGCACUCUGCUUAGCUGCUCUGCCCAGGGAAAUCCAAAACCAAUGAUCAGCUGGCUGAGGGAGGGGGAGGAGCUCGCUACCAAUGCAAAAUAUUCGGUACAUGAUGGCAGUCUAACCAUCCUUGGCAUCACUAGAGACGACAGAGGGGCGUACACAUGCCGAGCCUACAGUGACCAGGGAGAGGUGCUCCACACUACCCGUCUGCUGGUACAAGGGCCUCCAUACAUCGUCUCUCCACCAGAAAACGUCACUGUAAACAUAUCCCAGAAUGCACUCUUCACCUGCCAAGCGGAGGCGUAUCCUGGCAACCUGACCUACACCUGGUUCUGGGAAGAGGACAACGUCUACUUCAAGAAUGAUCUGAAGCUCCGAGUGCGCAUUCUCAUCGACGGCACCCUUAUCAUCUUCCGGGUCAAGCCGGAGGAUGCUGGGAAAUACACCUGCAGUCCGAGCAACAGCCUCGGUAUCUCGCCCUCGGCAUCAGCCUACCUGACUGUUCAGUACCCUGCCCGAGUGAUUAACAUGCCCCCGGUCAUCUACGUCCCACGGAAACUGCCAGGCAUCAUCCGCUGCCCGGUGGACGCCAACCCUCCUGUGACAUCAGUGAAGUGGGAGAAAGACGGCUAUCCUCUCAGAGUGGAGAAGUACCCCGGUUGGAGCUUGAUGCCAGAUGGAAGUAUCCGGGUGGCGGAGGCUACAGAAGACUCCCUGGGCACCUACACCUGUGUGCCUUACAACGCCCUGGGUACCAUGGGCAUGUCCCCCCCUGCCACUUUGGUGCUAAAGGAUCCCCCUUACUUUAAUGUGAGGCCUGGGGGGGAGUACCGUCAGGAGGCUGGGAGAGAGCUAGUUAUCCCUUGUGCUGCUUCUGGAGACCCUGAUAUACCAACCAUCACCUGGAGAAAGGUGGGGAAGCCAAGCAAGAGUAAGCACAACAUCCUACCCAGUGGCAGCUUACAGUUUCUGUCCCUCAGCAAGGAGGACCACGGAGAAUGGGAGUGUGUAGCCACCAAUGUGGUCACAAGCAUCACUGCCAGCACGCGUAUCCUAGUCAUCGGCACCAGCCCACACGCUCCUGGCAAUAUCCAUGUAUUGCCCUCAACAACCUCUGCUAAUGUGUCCUGGGAACCAGGAUAUGAUGGCGGCUUUGAACAGACGUUCUCUGUGUGGUACGGUCCAGUGUCAAAGAGAACAGACUUCGGUCCUCACGACUGGCAUUCGAUGCCAGUUUCUGGUGCUCAGACGUGGUUGGUGGUGCCAGGGCUGGAGCCUGGGACAGAGUACCAGUUCAGUGUGUUGGCGCAAAACAAACUGGGCACGGGCCCAUUCAGUGAAGUUGUGACAGUCAACACUGCAGGCUCUCCUCUGGGUACCCCAGAACCACUGGUGCUUCUUACUCCACCACGGUGCCUCACAGCCAAUCGCACGCAGCACGGUGUCCUCCUCACAUGGCUCCCUCCAGCCAACCACUCCUCGCCCAUCGACCGAUAUAUCAUGGAGUUCCGCCUCGGGGAGAGGUGGGAGGUUCUGGAUGACCUGAUCCCAUCCACUGAGACUGAUCUCAUAGCUAGAGACCUCGUUCAGGAGUCCUGGUAUGAGUUUCGAGUGAUGGCUGUUAUGGAUGACCUGAUCAGUGAGAGCAGCAAUGUAGUGGGAGUGUCCAGCACAGAUCCCUUCCCCCCUGCGGAGUUGCCUGAUGAGGGGCUGGCGCGGCCGGUGGUGGCGGGUGUUGUGGCAACUAUCUGUUUUCUGGCAGCGGCAGUACUGUUCAGCACUCUAGCAGCAUGCUUUGUCAAUAAGCAACACCGUCGCAAACUCAAGCGUAAACCAGAUCCUCCCUUGUCGGUGACACACUUCAGGAAAAGCAUUGAGUCACCGCUAUCAUCGGGGAAGAUAAGUCCAGAGAGCUCUCCUCCAUCUCGUCCCCGCUCUCUGUCUUCGGAGGGUUCCCAAGGUCCGGGCCUGUACGUCAGGAAGCUGCCCAGCCCUCAAAGAGAACGAGAGAAAGAGCUCUCCUUCUACAAGAAAACCAAGCGUGCCAUAGCCAGCAAGAAAUACAGCGUGUCCAAGCAUGAGGCAGAGGUCACCACGCCUAUUGAGCUGAUAAGCCGCGGCCCUGAUGGCCGCUUCGUCAUGGAGAGCCCACCGCCCCGCCGCAUCCACGGCUUCCCCUUCGCAGAGGAGUCUGACAUGUACCCCGAGUUCCGGCAGUCCGAUGAGGAGAAUGAUUUUGACCCUGGGCCUCUGCCGCCCAUCAUGCCCACGCUGCGGCCCCAGCUCUCCCCAACGUCCUCCAGCCUGGAGUCAACGCAGCCCCCCACCUACAGCCCCCGCCUACACAGGGCCAUGGAAGGUAUGAGCUUUGCAGAGGGCAGUGCACUUCACGCCUCAGGGCAGGCCCCGGCCUCCCGCUACAGGGGCUUUCCCCAGGGCCCAUUCUAUGGGUAUCUAGGCAGCCGUGUUGAAUCAGGGAUUCCACCACCAUUCUACAUGCCUGACAUCAGCCCGCGUAGCUCCGCUCUGUCCUCCCCCCCAGGCACCGCCGAGGGGCCCUUUGGUUACCCGUCCAUCCCUGAGGAGAGUGGAGAGAUGGAGCACCAUCAGUACACUGCCUCUGGCCAUUCUCUGUCUCACACACACAGCCCUCCUCCUCGCUCUCCUGAAAGCUGGCAGCCUCAUGAGUUACCCUUCAUGGGUCUAGAGGGUCCACGGUUCAUAUACCCACCUCACCAUCCCUUACAUCAUCCACAGGACCUCCCUGACCCACCCCCAUACCCUCCUCACUCUCUCCCCCCCAGUCGCCUGCACCUCCCUCCACUAAAGGAUCCAACAAGCCCUGGACUCCUGCAGCUGGAGGUCCCUGUGGCUCCCCCAGGCAGAGACAGGCCCCUGGGGCCUCCGGUUAGGCGUUUAGCUAUGCAACAGGCCCAGAGUCUCGGCCAGCUCAGACACACGGCCCACGGUGUGGGUGUACCAGUGUUGCCUUACCCUGACCCGGCAGCCCGUGCAGGGAGCCCAAGCACAGCCCCCAGCAGUAGCCCUCAGUCCUGGCUCAGCCCGAGGGCGGGGCGCCGGGCAGACCCCAGCCUACCCCCGCUAGUACUCCAGCCCUCCCGCCUCUCUCCACUCUCCCAAAGCCCCCUUAGCACCCAGCCGGGUUCCCCGGAUAUUCUAGUGCGGCCCCCUCCUCGCCCCAGCAUCCUCCGCACCUCUCGGUCUCUGGAGAUGCCUGAGAUCACCCUGCAGCCCUCGGCCACUGUCAGUUUCUCCCGGAGGUCCUCCCUGACCGCCUCUCCCACUCAGAGCCAGGGCGCCAGGCAACCCAGCCCCAGUUACCACGCCCACAUGUCCUAUGCCUCCACUGCAGCCAGUUAUCCCUCCCAGUCCCCCUCUCCCCCUCUGGAGGGCAGGGAUGUUUUCGGGCAGAGGCCAUCCCAGAGAAGGACAGAGGAGGAGAUGCUACCCUCAGAGCCCUCUCAGCUCCAGAUAUCAGCCUCAGGGGAACCUCUAGGUGCGUCUAGUGAUCCUGCCGGGUCUGAGAGCUUACCAGCACUGCUACACCACUGUAUUACUAAAGCCAAGGGAGUGGCUGCCAACAACAAUAACAACACAACCUCCGGAAGUAGAACAGGCGUGUGUCCCUCUCAGACCCAGCAGCAAUCUCAGACACCCCAAGAGGGAGAGGAUCUCCGCAGAAAGAGGAAAAGGCAAAACAAGAAGAACCCCUAUCUCUAUUUGACCUCCUUCCUGCACCGCAGGAGGUCUGAGGAGGACCAGACAGGCAUACUGGCCAGUGCAGACUCCGAGGGCCCAAAUUAUGGGACUCUCCGCUGACCCGUGUGCCCACCAAGCCAUUGGACUCGACUAAACUGACCUCCCCUGAAAAAGUAACCCCACCUCAGCUCUCCCUGCUCCGCCUCGGUCUCUAGCUAAUACAUUUCUUAUAAUCUCUAAAAGUUAAUCGGCGUUUUGGGGAGCGGGAAACAUCCAGCUGACUACCCCGGGAGGUUGGGAAUCUCAUUUGAAGACAAGAACAAUGGCUUUUCUGAGUUGUCACCACCACUUGUCUCUGAGGAAUUUCACUUGAAAAUGCUCUGAAAAUAUAUAAUGUAUAUAAAUAGUAAAAACAAGGGAAUUAAGCUUCCUCCUACAGUAAUAAAAAUGUGUUGGUUGAGUAUGUCACAACACAUUAAAGAUUUUUCACUCACUGGUCAUUGAGGGGUCCAUCUCUUUAGGUUUUUCAGUGAUACAGUGUACUGUGAAGCCUGGUGCGUCCUCGGACACGGACAUGAGUCUACCUUUCCUACAAUACAAAUAGUGUCAGUAUUUAAACACAGGGUUCUUACCACAAAAUAUACCUCAGAGUAAACGCAGAGUUGCUGUAAUUCUUGUGGUAUACUGUACGUACUUGACCUUUUUACAUAUGAAACGUAUGGAUAAAAAGGUUUAUAUCACACUCCGCACUCAUUCAGACAGAUAAUAUGGCCUAACUUUAUCUAAUUUAGAAGCUUUUUACUAUCAGUAACGGCUGGCAUCUUGUGUUUCUUUCCAUGUAUGAUCCAAUGCCAACUCCAGUGCUUGAUGGCUCAGUGUGUUUACACUUAUCAUUACAGCACCGCAUUAAGAUCAUAGCCUUCAUGAGAGCUCUCAAGAUAAUUUGGGACUUACACGCUCGACAGAGGUUGGACUCGUAGGGUUAGAAGAACAGGGUGAUGAAUUGUGAAGUGUACUGUAGUAUGUAUUUCAUUAUUGAGGAAUCAUUUGUGAAACGUGGCACGUCUCGAGGUGCCUUUUUUUGCCUUUUCUCUCUUGUUUUUUCUAACAUAAACUGCCUUUUCCUUCGCCUUCUCAUAUGUUUCUCUUCUGGGGGGCGGGAGUGAGGGACUCCAAUAUUCUGUGUUUUUACUUUCUCUGCCAAGGACACAUGAGAGAAAAUGCUACGGAAAAUGCAUAACUCUUGUUUUUUUGUGUUUGUUUUUUGUUUGUUUUUUUAACAUUUAUAUUUUAAAUGGGUACCUGCUUCAACUGUGUAUAUCUAAUUAAUAGGACAGAACCAGAAUACCCAUACAAAUAAAAAAAAGCUUAAAUUCAAAAAAUGGCAAAUAAAUCCAAUAGCUUCAGUGGAAAAAUACAGAGGCACUGCGCAUGAGUUUUCAUGCAAGAAAGAACAAACCAGUCGAGUAAGGACGUUAAUGUUUAACAGCAGCUGUUAGAGGAGAAUGUGAUUGCUUCAUAAAGCUGUUAACAAGCAAUGGGAAAUCUACAAACAAUGGCCACCCGACUGUUUAUCUUUAACAACUGUAUAUUACUUGCUAGCUACUUCUCUGUAUGUUUGUUCAUUUCUUUCGACACUAACCGAUAAUGAAUGUAUGUUUUGCUGUACAGGAAAUGAAUGUCCCGAUGUCACAGUACAUUGAAUGACCCAUUACGUUGUUUAUAGUGCGGCUGCGAUUGGUGAGCUGACCAGCUGGCACACGAAGUCCAAAAUUGUUUAACUUCUCUGUGUGUUAUUCCUGUAUGUGGUAAUAACUAACGGGCCCCCACACAGGUUCUGAGCCAAGCUUUCUUUACUUCAGACAGCUAUGAAACAACUGAGUUCCUUUUCCUGCUAACGCUAGGCCAAUAGAGUGCUGCAGGAAUGAGUCUUAAUACCCGAAAAUGACUUAGCAUUUUAGCACUCCUGUUUCCCUUGUCUCAA